AUGGAAGAAUGCAAGGAAGAACAGCUAGAUUAUGAGUCAGAGAAAAUGGAAAUCUUAAGAUUGGCCCAGUCAAAGAGGAAUAUUAUCAGUUUGAACAUGGACCUUGAAAAGGAUAUGCAGAGAAUAGAUGAAGCAAAUCAAGAACUUCUUCUCCAAAUCCAAGAGAAAGAAAGUGAGAUUCAAAGGCUGGAAAAUGAGGUCACCCAAAUAAGAGAUGCUGUAGAAGAUGAGGAAUGGGAGAAAGAAAACUGUGCCACCAUGGAAAGGGAAAAAGCCUUGCAGGAGGUGGAGGAAGAAACAGCCAGACUAGAAAGAAAGAAUGAGACUCUGGUCCACAGUAUAACGGAACUUCAAAGAAAGCUUACCAGGAAAUCACGAAAGAAAAACAAGCAUGAAGAAGGUGACCAGGAUGAAACUCCAGAAGACUCAACGGUUAAGUUACAACAGCUGGAAGCUUCCUGUGCAGACCAAGAAAAGGAGCUGGUCAAGGUAAUGGAAGAUUAUGCAUUUGUGGCCCGGCUCUGUGAAGAUCAAGCCCUYUGCAUAAAGAAAUACCAAGAAACUUUGAGGAAAAUAGAAGAAGAACUAGAGACUCGAUUCCUUGAGAGAGAAGUAUCAAAAGUCUUAAGCAUGGAAUCUGUGAGAAAAGAUUGUAACAGUCAAAACAAUGAGUACAAUUAUAUCCAAAAAAGAGCAGCUUUGUUCAGUAAAAGGGUUUUUCGUUAUCUCUUUUUCACCACCCUGUUUUUCAUCAGACUGCUGGGAUACGUGCUCUUUCAUUUAAGUUUUAUAAAUCCAGAUCUCCUUGUCAACCUACUGCCCAAACUACUGAACAGGGGUGUCUUGUGGAAGUUGAGAUGCUUCCUCUUUCCAUCUCUCACGCUUGAGACAGAGGACAUGUUACCUCACUGA